AUGAAAAGGUGGAGAUUUUUACUCGGAUUCGGAAGUGAAACAGGUCAAUCAAAAUCAAUUGCUCAAGGAAUGGUUGAUAUUGCAUCCGAGCAACAUCAAAUAUGUGCAGACAUGUUUGAAUUGGAUGAAGUUGAUAAACAAUUCAAAUUAGAAGAAGAACCAGUCAUGGUUAUUAUAACAUCAUCAACAGGGGAUGGUGAACCACCCAGUAAUGCAAGUAAAUUCUGGCGCAAAAUUCGUCGUGAAAAAAACUCAAAACUUCUUUCACAUAUGAAAUAUACUAUCUUAGGAUUAGGUGAUACAAAUUAUUCGACUUUUUGUAAUUGUGGUCGUGUACUUGAUCGUCGUUUUGAAGAACUUGGUGCUACUCGAUUCUAUCCUUCAGCAUGGGCUGAUGAUGCUGUUGGUCUGGAUUUAAUAGUUGAACCGUGGCUUCAAGGUUUUUGGCCUGCUUUAAAAGAAACUCUAAUGAAAUUGAAUACUUCUACUGAAACAUCAAUAAAUAAUCUAUCCGAAUCCAUAAAUCAACUGAAUUUAACACAAGAAAUUAAACCAACAGUAAAUCGACAAUUAUCAUCAUCUAAUAAAUUUAAAUCAAAUCAAGAUAACAUUACUUAUUCAUCAACUUUAGCUGAAAUGACAACAUUAACAUUACCACCUAAAUCGUCACAUUCAUUAUCAAUAAAACUCAUCGAAUCAUCUGAAGAUAAAAAUCAACUACCGGUUGACUCACAUUAUCAUAUUUCAGCAUUAAUUCGUCGAGAAUGUUUAACACAUGAUACAGCAAUAAAACCUGUUAUGUCUAUUGAAUUACAACUUUCGGAAGAAGAAUUUUUAUUUGAAGCAGGAGAUGCAAUUAAAAUUGUUUGUGCAAAUGAUGAAAAUGAAGUUAAUCUUCUUUUAAAACGUUUAGAAUGGAUGGAUAAAGCAUCUCAUCAAUUAGAUAUUUCACUUUCACCAGAUAAUACAAAAAAAUCAGCUAAAAUACCAACAUAUAUACCACCAAUGUGUUCAUUACGUUAUGCAUUAACAAAUUGUAUUGAUAUUCGAUCAUCACCAAGAAAAAAUUUAUUAAGAUUAUUUGUUGAUUGUACAACUGAUGAAGAUGAAAAACGUCGUCUUGAAGAAUUAUGUAGUAGAGAAGGUUCAGACAUUUAUAUAAAAUAUAUUCUUGAAGAACAUUUAUCAAUUCUUGAUAUUCUCAAUCAUUUUCCAAGUUGUAAACCAGAUGUUGCUAUGUUAAUUGAAUUUUUACCACAAUUAAUACCUCGAUUUUAUUCAGUAUGCAGUUCAUCAUUAGACGAUGCUCGAUCUAUCAAAUUUGUUUACAGUGCAUUGAAAUUUGAAGCUUUAAAUGGUCGAACAUAUGAACGAUUUGGUGUUUGUACGAAUUGGUUAAAUAACAUAACAAUUGGAACGAAGAUUUUAAUACAAACAAGAAUUAGUCAACAUUUUCGAUUACCAUUAACUCUUGAUACUCCAUUGAUUAUGAUUGGACCAGGAACAGGUGUAGCACCAUUUAUUGGAUUUCUUGAACAUUUGUAUCUUUCUUCGAAAUCAAUUGCGGGUUUUGAUGUGAAUAAUUUACAUACUUGGCUUUUCUAUGGAUGUCGUCAUCGACAACGGGAUUUUCUUUUUGAAGAGCAAAUUCAAAUGUAUCAACAAAUUAAUAUAUUGAAACAUUUAUUUGUUGCAGCAUCAAGAGAAGAAGGUUAUCCUUUUCGUUACGUUCAAGAUCAGCUUAAAGCAAAUGGACAUGAAUUAGCCAAUUUAAUUUAUAAUCGAAAUGCUAUUGUAUAUGUAUGUGGGGAUAUUAAAACAAUGGUUCGUGAUGUUCGAGAAACAAUAGUUCAUAUACUGCAAGAACAUUCUGAUAUAACAAAUAUUGAUGAAUACAUGAAAUCAUUGGAGACAUCUCGACGUUAUCUUCUCGAUAUUUGGAGUUAA